AUGGAGGAGGAGGAGGAAGAGCUGGAGGAGGAGGAGGUGAUGGAGGAGGAGGAGGAAGAGCUGGAGGAGGAGGAGGUGAUGGAGGAGGAGGAGGAGGAGGAGGUGAUGGAGGAGGAGGAGGAGCGCCGUGUCAUUUUUAGCCGCGCAGUCCCCAUGGCGGCGUCUCCGCUGUUGCCCGCACACCUCAGGGACCGCAUGUACUCACGCCGAGAGCCAGAGCACUUAGCUGCCCUCUGCGGAGUCCAAGCAGCUAAAUGUUUACAGACACAAGUGGAGUAG